AUGGGUGAACCACUGACUGAAAUGCCCAUUUCUUGGCUAACGGAAGAUUUAUACGCGAUAUUAUAUUCUUUCAGUAGGAAUAGCGCCAAGUCAAUCGGUGACAAGCAGCGAAUUUCUCAAGUGCUCGACAAAGUAGAUUACGCUGAAGAGCGAAUCGAAUCAGAAGGUUCUGGCGUUGCGGCUUUGACGUCGAAUUCGCAAAAUCCUGUGUUCGCAGCACACCAAGCGUGUGCUUUCGCGCUUGGUAGAAUGUCGUUAGUGAGUCGAAGCUGA